CGCGCGCGUUCACAUUACACGGGACAAGAAGCAGACCUAUCAACUGAACUUACAGGUCUAGGUCGUGUUAAGAAAUUAUCUUUAAAACACCAGAGCUCAACAGAUCAGUAACUUCAGCGAUUUUUGUUGUAUUUUUUUUCUCGUCGCUUAGCCCGGCUAGUCUCGUUGUCAAAUGAGGUAGUUUCCAACUAGAGGUUCAAAUUCAAGCUAGCAAACCCGUAAACCGACGUGGAGCUUGUUUGUGGUUCGAGGACAGUUAACUAAAUAAAGCAGACAUGCAGGACAUACUGGCCAACGUAGACUACAUCAAGUUUGACGUGGAGAUAGCUGUGGAGCAGCAGCUGGGAGCUCAGCCCCUGCCUUUCCCCGGCAUGGACAAGUCCGGGUCAGCUGUGUGCGAGUACUUCACCAGGGGAACUUGUAUGAAAGGUGGGAUGUGUCCGUUCCGUCACAUCAGUGGAGAGAAGACGGUGGUGUGUAAACACUGGCUCAGAGGACUGUGCAAGAAGGGAGAUCAGUGCGAGUUUCUCCACGAAUACGACAUGACCAAGAUGCCCGAGUGCUACUUCUACUCCAAAUUUGGUGAGUGUAGCAACAAGGAAUGUCCCUUCCUGCACAUCGAUCCAGAUUCUAAGAUCAAAGACUGUCCGUGGUACGACCGAGGCUUCUGUAAACACGGUCCUGACUGRAGACACAGACACACAAGAAGAGUCAUCUGUGUGAACUACCUGGUGGGUUUCUGUCCAGAAGGAAGAUCCUGUAAAUUUAUGCACCCCCGGUUUGAACUGCCUAUGGGUACUUCAGAACAGCCUUCUCUGCCACUGCAAGCUCAAAACCAAACAAAGCCUGUGCCCACCAUCAGCCGCUCAUCACUCUCCGUCAUCCAGUUGAGUAACCCCAGUCUAGGCCAGCGGCCGCUGAACCACACKAACACCAUGGGUCACCACAACAACAUGCCUCAUCAUAACAGGGGCCCUCGACCUCUGGACCAGGUCACCUGCUACAAGUGUGGUGAGAAAGGCCACUAUGCCAACAAGUGUACAAAAGGUCACCUGGCCUUCCUGAGRGGACAGUGACCUUCAAACAUCUGGAGCAGCCAAAGACAGGAGGUCUACGUGCAAAAAUAAAGCUUCGGUGUUCAACCCAAACACGUCGAACUUUCCUUCCUGACGCGUUUCUCUGUAUUCAGCCUCAAACAUGGAGGAUAAACUUUGUCCUGUGCUGCCUCCUAUAAACUGACACAUGAAAAUAAAAGUUUUGUGAAGCAGAAGAUGGAGGAGCUGAUGAGCCGUUUCAGGUCCAGUUUACAGCAUCUUCAGGUGUGGUCACCUCCUGGUAUCUCAAGUUACGUGGCUGCAUUCAACAACUUCUACAGUUCUGUCAUUUUCUGUGUGAAAUAAUGUGAUGAAUGGUUGUAGGAAUGUAAAUUUAUAGCAGUUUGUACUCUGUUAAACCCCUCCUUCCCUCCUGAAAAUGAACCUCAGCAGAUAUCAGACCUUUAAAACCUGCUGUUUCUCUUUCUGUACCAAUAAAUGACAUUUCCAUAA